AUGCAUGUCCCGGCUCAUGAUCGUUGCGAGGCGGUCGUCACCGUUGCUUACGAAGCUGAAGCUAGGUUAAGAGAUCCCGUUUAUGGUUGCGUUGCAUGGCUGCAAGCUCAAUUAAUGCAAGUGAAAGCUCAAUUAGCACAAAAUAACAUAGAAGAAAAUCAACGGCAAGGAAACCUUUGUGGUGUGAGUUCCAUCCCAAAUUAUCAUUCAAGCUAUAUGAACCCAAUCUACCCACAAAGUUCACUUGAGUAUGUUGAACUCAACAGUGAUGAUAGCAUGAACCUUCAAGAAAUACAAAUCAGAGAAGAGUUCUGUAAUUUCCAGGGUUUCCCUAAGAAGAAUAUAUCAUAUAAUAAUGGUGAUCUAGGUGAGCUUCAAGCACUUGCCCUUAGAAUGACGAGGAACUAA